AUGUCAAUGAAUAAAGUAGUGCUAAAGGUGGAAUUAUAUGAUGAGAAAAUUAAGAAAAAGGCCAUGAAGGCAAUCUCAUGUCUUCGAGGGGUUGAAUCAGUCUCUGUGGAUAUGGAGGAGCAGAAAUUGACCUUAAUUGGAAACAUCGACCCUGUGAAUGCAGUGGGGAAGAUGAGGAAGCUGUGUUACACUGAAAUACUCUCUGUUGGACCAGCCAAAGAGGAGAAGAAGGAACCUGAGAAAGAACAGAUCAAGAAAAACGAUCAAAAUGAGAACUCUGGUGACAUUGUGAAGCUCUGUGAAGCCUAUUAUCGUAAUCAGAUGAGACAACCACCUUAUUAUUAUUGCACAUGUGUGGAAGAGAAUCCUAAUGGCUGUGUCAUCUGCUAA